AUGGCGGGGAGCGCUUGGUUAAUGCGCCAAGUUGUGAGAAUGCAGGAGACCAGUGGCGAAAGUACGGUGAAUUUGCAACUGACCAACCCUGCGGUAUCGCGUGGAAAGUUGAAUGGUAGUUCGGGCGGACCUGAGGUGGUUUUCCUAUGUAAGAACUGCUGCACGGUGCUGGGGGACUCGCUCAGUGUGUGUGGGGACGAGAAGAGCUUGGGUGCCAUCGCCUGCCUGCGAGUCCCUGAAGAUUUAAACGUUGGAGAGUCGGUACGUUUUGUGGUGGAUGGUAACCUAAAAGGCUGUGCCUAUUACCCUUUAAUCUGUCGUUCCUGUGGGACCAAUAUUGGCUUCAACCUUUACUCUGCUCCUCGGGCUUAUGCCUACCUGAGAGGUUUGUUCUGUCUCCUCAAAGAACAUAUUCUCUGCUACAAACUAAAGUCCAGCUCUCUGGUCCCAGGAAAUGAAAUGCAUUUUGAAUUGACAAGCCUCGAUGAGGACAUAGCACAACUGAAGACACAACUGGUGCAGCUGCACCUCAAAAUGGAACAAAUAUCUCAACAGCUUCUACAGCAAGAGAAAAAUACUGCCGCCUGUUCAUGACAUGAUCUGAUGGCUGCCUCCAAAACGAACAUCAAGCCACACUAAAUGCAUUGAGGAAGGAGAUGGCUUAGUGUUGCUUUUGUACAGCGGCCUGACCCAAAUUAUUCUAGUAGUGCUUGUACACUUUAAAGGAGAAACAAACCCUUAAUAAAAAAAAAACCUCACCCUAUAUAGACACCCAUCCUCCUCAGCCUAGCUGCUCCCGGAGAAAUGCCCAUAACUCUGUACUUACCCCUCCCUGCAGAUUCUGUCCAGCAGAGUUCACGGACGCCAUCUUCUCUUCGUAAA